CCCCGCUAUUCGUGAAUCACAAUUCCUCUGAACUCUGAAGCAAAGUUCAAAAUCACCAUACCAAAACCCUAGGUUCUCCCUGCAACGGUUAUGCCGCAGUGCCGCCGCCGUCCGUGCUGUCGGCGCCUCCGCGUCCUCUCUUGUAGCCCAGGCCCUCUCUUGUAGUUCGGCAUCCUCCUUCCCCCUGUCCCCGUCCUCCUUGGCUUCUCCGUUCGAGGUUGGAGCAGCUCGCCGUCCGUGUCUCCGUCGAAGGAAAAUUAUCUAGAUGGUUGCUGUUCUACUUGGAGCAAUCACAUUUGGCCUUGGGACUUGGCAGAUUUUUCCGGAGACAAGAUAAGUCGGCCAGAUCCUGUUGAUGCUUCGCCAUGCUCCAUUCCGAAGCUCCCAUGGCCACUUCCAGUGUUCCCCCAUAUGGCUUCUACAUACUCGGCAGAAAUCAAGUGGUGGAAGCAGGCCCAAGAAGAAGGUCUACCACCGGGUUUCUGAUCUCGACAGGGUGAUGGAGCUUCGUAAGAAGCCCUCCCUCAUUCUGGAGCUCUCCUCCAUCAUCCAAUCCCACAAGACCCAGUCCCUCCUCCUCCGGGACCUUGAGAAGAAUGUUGGCUUUGUCCGCAAAUGGGACUUCAUGGCCCUCAUUGAAAGGUACCCGACCAUCUUCCGUGUCUCCGGAUCACCUCCUUCCGUGUCCCUCACCCUUAAGGCCCAGAGUGUUGCCCAGGAGGAAGCCCAAGCCAAGGCCCUGAUGGAGCCCCUCUUGGUUAAUAAUCUUAGGAAGUUGCUGAUGCUGUCUGUUGAUUGCCGGGUACCCCUGCAGACUCUCGAGUUUGUUGGGCCUGAAUUGGGCUUGCCCUGUGAUUUCAGGGAGUCUUUGGUUCCUAAGUACCCUCAUUUUUUUUCAGUGAAGCGUGUUGCUGGGAAGGAUUGCCUUGAGUUGGAGGAUUGGGACUCCUCAUUAGCUGUCACUGCCAGGGAAGCUAGGUUGGCACAGGAAGGAGUUCUGAGCGCGAACCAAAGUGGGGUUCGGAUAAAAGUAAGGAUUUCAAAAGAUGGCAACUAUAUGGGUCCCUUUGCUUUCAAAAUGAAUUUCCCUCCUGGUUUUAGGCCGAACGUUAGUUACCUUGAGAAUCUUGAGAGGUGGCAGAGGAUGGAUUUUCCUUCUCCUUACUUGAAUGCAAGGAGGCUUGACCCUACUGCUCUGGAAACCCGAAAGCGUGCUGUGGCUGUGAUUCAUGAGCUCCUUAGCUUGACCAUGGAGAAAAGGAUGACAUCUGUGCAGCUGGAUGCAUUUCAGGCCGAGUGUCGUUUGCCGUCUAAGUUGCUGCUUUGCUUGAUAAAGCAUCAUGGGAUAUUUUACCUUACAAAUAAAGGUGUGAGAAGUACGGUCUUCCUCAAAGAUGCAUACCUUGGUUCAAACUUGAUAGAUAAGUGUCCUUUGUCACGGUUUAAUGAUAAGUUUGCGGCCCUCUCUGGUAGAACAAAUAUGGAUCUGUGCAACAGCAACAGUUCUAUAGGGGCCAUUGUUUAGUAGUUUUUUUGGUUGUUCACGGUAUCUCUCAAUCCGGCAGGGCAAUGACUAAUUCGCUGCGGAUCGGAGCUCCAUUUAAUAUUUUGCCGCUUGCCAAUGAGUUGUUAUAUGCAUAAGGCAAGAUUGGAACCUUUUAACACUUAAGCAGACUAGUGAACUAACCACUAGUUUUAUUUUUUUGACAGGAGUUAGUUCCGUUGUUUAGAAGUUGAGUUUGGAUUUUCAGAAAGCACAAAUAUUGCACAAAUAUUGCAUAUGUAGAAACUAACAUUGAAAUUUAUAUGUUGUAGCAAAAAAGAUAAAAUUACAGUAUUCCUCUUAUAACAUUACAUAUUCUUUUUAUGGAGUUAAAAUAAGUGUUAGGUCCUUGAUUAAAUUGGUUAUCUUUAGCCCAAUAACCAAACUUGGCUCAAGGCCAAGAAAUGGGUUAGGUGCUGAGUGUCUCCAUGUUAGGGUAAUAUAAACCAUGUACCAAAUCUUUCUUGUUUUCACCUUACCUCCAUUAUAAAUUUGUAAAUUAGAGCACAUUCAUUCACGUUUCAAUUUUAUCCAAACUUUCGAGAUCUAUAUGCCUAAUCAAAACCAUUACCUAAUUGAAGGGAACCACGUCUGCACAUCACAAUCAUCACCAUGGUCGUUUUCUUUCCAUAUUUCAUCCAUUUCAUAAUAUCUCCAUUUGU